CGAAUUUCCAACAAAGCUUAUCAGAAAAUCUAAUUCGUUCUGAUCCAUCCGAGUCAGCCACAAGGUUUUAGCUGUAUUUAUUUCUAAUUUAAACCCCCUCUUUCCCUUUUCGUAUGCGUUAUUCUAAAAAAACCCUAGUCACAUUUCAAACAUUUGGCAAUGAAUUCACACAAACAUAAUAACUCUCAAGUAUCCAAUCUCUACACUCUUCUUCUUAUCUUCUUCGUCUCCUUACAAAUUCUUCUUCCUCUCUUUUCCUCUCUCUGUUUCCCACCUUAAGCGAAAACGUUUCACUCCUAUGUUCUUCUUCUUCUUCCUUUUGCUCCUCUGUUUGUCUUUUGCUACUUCCAUGGCAGGCUCAGCCUUGAGAUUGGACUCGGGUCCUGUCGUCCCAACAACCCCACUCGUCACUUUCCUUCAGCGCGUGCAGCUCACGGCAAACCUAUCCUACCCGAAAGACAAAACCCCUGACCCAAAAUACCACAUUGAUCUCUCUCUCAAGCUCCCACACGAUCUCUCCACCGUCAAAUCAGCGUUCGAAGAUCUCACGAACGGAUCACGUGACCUGUCAGUGCCAGUCGAGAAGCUUGAAAAGUUCCUCGAGGAAUACUUCGACGCUCCAGGGAAGGAUCUGGUGCACCACGAACCAGAGGAUUUCGUCUCAGAUCCCUCCGGUUUCCUCCUCAACGUGGAGAACGAGCAAGUCAGAAACUGGGCGCGUGAGGUACACGGCCUGUGGAGAAUCCUUAGCUUCAGAGUCGCUGACUCCGUGAGAGAGUCUCCUGAACGGCACACGCUUCUACCGUUGCCGGAACCGGUUAUCAUUCCCGGUUCGAGAUUCAGAGAAGUCUACUACUGGGAUUCUUACUGGGUCAUCAAAGGACUUAUGACGAGUAAAAUGCUCACUACGGCCAAAGGAUUAGUCACAAAUCUGAUGUCACUUGUGGAGACUUAUGGUUACGCUCUUAACGGCGCCCGAGCUUAUUACACCAACCGAAGCCAACCACCUCUGUUGAGCUCAAUGGUCUAUGAGAUUUAUAAUGUCACAAAAGAUGAGGAACUUGUGAAGGAAGCUAUCCCUGUGCUUCUCAAAGAGUACGAGUUUUGGAACUCAGGAAAACAUAAGGUGGUCAUCCGAGACGCUGGUGGUUAUGAUCACAUUUUAAGCCGUUAUUACGCCAUGUGGAACAUGCCACGACCUGAAUCCUUUGUUUUCGAUAAAGAAUCCGCUUCGGGGUUCUCGAGUACGCUAGAGAAACAGCGGUUCCAUCGAGAUAUAGCCACGGCUGCUGAAUCAGGAUGCGAUUUCAGCACGCGAUGGAUGAGGGAUCCUCCUAAUUUCACAACGUUGGCUACAACAUCAGUUGUACCUGUUGAUCUCAAUGUCUUUCUUUUCAAGAUGGAACUCGAUAUAGCGUUCCUGAUGGAGGUUUCUGGGGAUAAAAACGGUUCAGAGCGUUUUGUGAAAGCGUCAGAAGCGAGAAAGAAAGCCUUUGAAACCGUGUUUUGGAACGAAGAAGCAGGGCAGUGGCUAGACUACUGGUUGUCCUCCAAUGGUGAUGAGCCUGAGACAUGGAAAGCUGAGAACCAGAACACCAAUGUUUUUGCAUCUAACUUUGCUCCAAUCUGGAUUCAUUCCUUCAAUUCAGAUGAAAAACUGGUCAAGAAAGUUGUGAAAGCUCUUGAAAACUCAGGGCUCAUCGCUCCUGCUGGAAUCGUAACCUCUUUGACAAACUCAGGACAACAAUGGGAUUAUCCGAAUGGAUGGGCACCGCAACAAGAGUUGAUCGUGACAGGUCUCGCGAGAUCAGGCGUAAAGGAAGCUAAAGAGAUGGCGGAGGAGAUUGCAAGGAGAUGGAUCAGAAGCAACUAUCGUGUUUACAAGACAAGUGGGGCUAUUCAUGAGAAGCUCGAUGUUUCGAAGUUUGGUGAAUAUGGUGGUGGUGGAGAAUAUAAGCCACAGACGGGAUUUGGAUGGUCAAACGGGGUUAUAUUAUCAUUCUUGGAGGAGUUUGGAUGGCCCUCUGACCUCAGCAUUGAGCCCUAGAGUUACUACUACCUUUGUACUUAAUAUUUAAUAAAGGAAUUAUCCUUUUUUUAAUUUUAUAAAUAAAUCUUUACAAAAUAAACGCAUUAUAACUUUACGAUAGUGGUUACUUUGAUCGUAGUUUCUUUGUUGUGGAUCUUUUUGGGGUUAUCUCUCAGAAUGGUUUAGAGUUCCAAAGGGAUAAAAAUAUAAUGAAAAUUACAUCUCAAGCUAA